AUGAGCAGCUUCAACGGAGACGAUUUCAAAGGCCUCCGAAUAACCCAGCUCGACGAUGACGACGAAGACGUUAAAGAAGAAUCUCCAGUGGAACCAAUAAACGUAGACGAAUUCGAUGAUGAUGAUGACGACGACGAAGAUGACGAGGAAGAGCCUGUGAUAUUGGGUUUCGUCGAGAGCCCCAAGUUCCCAUGGUCAAGUCUCCGACAGCUCUUCCCUAACUUAGCAGGCGGUGUUCCGGCUUGGUUGGAUCCAGUUAACUUACCAUCAGGGAAGUCUAUUCUAUGCGACUUAUGUGAAGAGCCUCUCCAGUUUGUACUUCAGCUUUAUGCUCCGUUAACGGAAAAGGAAUCAGCUUUUCACCGGACGUUGUUUCUCUUCAUGUGUCCAUCCAUGUCUUGUCUCCUCCGUGAUCAACAUGAACAGUGGAAACGUGCCCCCGAGAAACCUAUGCGGAGUGUGAAGGUGUUUCGUUGCCAAUUGCCUCGUGUUAAUCCGUUUUAUUCGAGUGAGGCUCCGAAACACGAUGGAACUGACAAGCCCUUGGGACAUGGAGCUCCUCUUUGCACUUGGUGUGGAACAUGGAAAGGAGAUAAAGUAUGUGGUGGUUGCAAAACUGCUCGAUAUUGUUCACCUAAACACCAGGCCCUGCAUUGGCACAGGGCUCAUAAAAUUGAAUGUCAACAGCUUCGUACCGUUCUCGAAACAUCUGACUCAGUCAAUAAUGGGGUUUCUCUUACUCAAGUGCAGAAAGCUGCGAGUAAGAGUCUAUGGAAAGAGUUUGUAUUGAUCAAUGAGGAUGAAAGUGAGUACGAUACCGAGAUGUCAGAAAAUGAUGAAGCUGCUCAACCAAUGGUGGUCUCAAAGAGAGAAGUGGACGACCAAAUGAAAUCUGUGAUGAAGGAUUUUGAGGGAGAUGCUGAUAAGAAUAGUUGGGUUAAUUUCCAGCAACGUGUAGACAAAGCACCUGAACAAGUUGUAAGAUACUGCAGAAGCUCUGAAGCAAAACCUCUUUGGCCGAUGGCAAGUGGUCGAGUCUCUAAAUCUGAGGUUCCCAAUUGCAAAUCUUGUGGUGGUCCUCGUUGUUUUGAGUUUCAGGCAAUGCCGCAGCUACUGUUCUUCUUCGGCGGGAGCAAUGAGAGGGAAUCUCUGGAUUGGGCAACAAUAGUGGUGUACACGUGUGAGAACUCGUGUGACUCGAGUUUAAGUUACAAUGAAGAGUUUGUUUGGGUUCAAGUCUAUAGUCAAACAACUUAGGCAUCGCAUCGUCUCUUCUGUUGCAGCGAAAGUUUUGUUCUUUACUGGAUCAGACCGGACUAUAUCAUUUGUGAAAUUCUCAUGGGUUAUAUACACUGGUUCGUUUCUUUUGUUUGUUAUAAAAAUAUUUUGAUAUUAAAAUCUCUUCGACUGAA